AUGGCCGAUCACCAAGUCGUCGACUAUCUCCGGGUCCUGCACGAUUUCGAUGCUCGGUCGCCGGAUGAGCUGACGCUUAAGAAGAAUUCUAAGAUCGAAUUGUUGGAGCGAGAUGAAGAGUACAACGAUGGGUGGUAUUUGGGGCGAGAUCCGGAGAGUGGAAAGGUUGGACUGUUCCCACAAGGUGUGUUCCAUUCGACGUCUUCUAUAACCACAGCCCGGGAGGCCAGCAGCAACAAUGGCAAGAAGAUCUUCAAUAGAUUUCGAAGCUCUGAGAUCUACACGGCACAAUGGCCACCAGAGUCAGCAUUUUCACAACCAACAAUCCUAGAGAACCAGGUAGCGCCUGAUAGUGAUGUCGCUCCCCCGCCAGCAUACUCGUCGGCGCCCUCGGAGCCGAAGCAGGAGAUUCCAAAGAGGCUUUCGGUCACACCAAGCGAGCUGACUUUGGAUGAGGCGGGAAAAUAUGGUGGAUCUGCAAAGGAUGUCACAGCCGAAACCCCACCGCUGGCUUUAGAAAACAAUGUGGACAAACGGCGCGUUUCAGAGGAUUUCAAGAGAGAACACCCGCAGAUACAGAAGCUGAGUCGCAGCCCGGUGGUUGAAGACACGUUGAGCGACAUAGAGGAGGCACUAUCGGAAAUUCGUACGGCACCCCGUUCCGUGGGGACACAUGCUCAGAAGAACAAGCAGCCACCUCCGAUCAUGGAAACCCCGGAGGCUCACGCGCCUACAGAGCAAGAUUUCGACGACUCUGCUUCGGAUUAUUCGAGAAGCGCCUUUGAUAAUGAAAGCUCUUUGUCUCUGGCGAUUGCGAAUCAGCCAUCUGUCAGUGGCUAUCUUGAGCCUUCCAGCCGGGCAACCUAUACUGGGCGAUCUCGGGAAUCGAUACAACGACAAAGUGAUCACCCACUGCAGUAUUCUCAGCAAUUUGAACCGGAGUCUUCUUCAGAUGAGGAUGGGGAUAUAAUAGAUCCGGUAUACUCGGCGGAGGAAAUCCGCUGUUGGACGCCAGCCCAAGUUUCUGCCUACUUUCAGGAGCAACAUUUGCCGCUGAGUAUUUGCGAUAAGUUCGAGGAGCAGGAGAUUAACGGGGCUAUCGUCCUUCAGCUCGAGAUGGCUCACCUCAAAGAACUUGAACUUGGUAGCUUUGGAAAGCGGUUUGAAGUUUGGAAGGAGAUUGAGAAGCUUCAGUCAAUAGUGAAGAGUGCUGGGGGAUCAAUUAGUGAAGCUGCCAAAGAGAAGAAGGCUCGCAAUAGGAGUAGCAGUACACCAGCUGGGGUCCUUCCUAGGCUACCUAGCCUCCACAAUCGUCCACCUGCCCGAGGAGGCUCUUUAGCAGUACCGUCGACGCAUAUAGAAGAAGCGAUAUAUGAUCCGAUGAAUCCCAUACGAGAGAGCCCUACAACCAUGAGCCCAUCCAGUCCUGGGCCAGUACCACCGCCGAAGUCUGAUGUUGGAUCCGCCGUUCAUAGCGACGGACGGUCUAUAUCGACGGCCUCGAUGGAACGGGCCUCGAGUAGUGGAGGACAGCAGCCCCAACGGGUACCCGGAGUUCAUGGACGGGACCCGUCAUUCGACCGGGCCUGGACGUUGAAAGGCCACAAGGCCAACGAGAGCUCUGCCAGCGGCAGGAGCAGAUAUACAGGUGAUAGUGGCUUCGCAUCGCAAUCGUCAUCGAGUGUAUUUGCCAACGAGAGUCGUUCUUAUCAUAAUGCAGGUGCCAGUGAAGAUGGAGGCAAACGGGACCGUAAUGUGCUGCACAAGAGAGCCGGCAGCUCCGGCAGCCACGGCCAUCAUGUCGUUCAUAGCAAGAAGUCCAGCUACACCGAGGAGCAGCGGAGCCGCUCAGGUAACAACACUCCAACGUCCACUCCGUCCUCACCUCUACCGUAUCCUCCUAACCCACCUCCACCUCAUCCACCAUCACCAUCACCAUCCCUGCGAGGUGUCGUCUCUAAGCAGACUUUCCCUGUUUCCGAGAGGUCGUACGAGACGGUACAUCUCGCGAAUGCUUAUCCAUACGCUCAAGCACCUAGACCAUUUUCCCGAGAAAGCAUUAACCAAUCCUUCGUUCCUUCAGGAUAUUCUUCACCAUCACCGGCUUCAAUUGUCUACCAUAAUACCGUCAAAGGGCGGAAACGAAGCACUAGCGAAACCCAGAUCGCGUCACUGGACAGCCGGGCCAGAGAAAGCCUUGCUGCAUCUGUUAUGCCAGGUGGCAAGCCUCUCAGUGUCGAAAGACCCCCACCUGUUGAGGAGAAGCACGUCCCUCCAAGUAUCCAAACAAAAGCCGGACAUCCUCAUAGAUCCAUCUCUGACGGAGCAGAAAAAGCAAUGUCGAUGUCUCCGAUGUCCCAGGAUACAAAUUCAACUUUGAUGUCGCCGAAUGGUAGUGAACAUUCAGCUUCCAUUAAGAUUACAAUUGAUGCCCCUGAGAGGAAAUCGGACGAGUCAAAGCAACGAAACGGUAGUAGUGGGAAGGACAAGAAACUUCGGAGCGUCGCCUCUGCAUCUGGAAUCAGGCAGAAGUCUAAGAAGCAACUCACGAGUGCUUACCUCGAAGGACUCAAGGAAGUCAAACCUGCCGAUGCUGCCAAGGACGCGGAUUUCAGUGGCUGGAUGAAGAAGCGCGGCAGUAGCGCUGUCGUAGCCUCGUGGAAGACUAGGUUCUUCGUCCUUAAAGGCCGACGUCUUUCAUACUUCUAUUCGAUGGAUGAUAUAAAGGAACGGGGCUUGAUAGACAUCACUUCUCACCGCGUUCUUCCUGCCUCCGACGACAGACUCGUCUCCCUCCAUGCGUCAGUUGCAGCAAUAACAUCGUCACCCUCCCACGCUUCUUCAGCGACACCUGGUAACGGCCAAUCCGGGCCCAAUCUUCCUCCGACACCACCAUCAAAGGGUGGCUGGUUUACCUUCAAGCUCGUCCCCCCGCAGCCAGGGGCAGCUAAGGGAGUCAUGUUUACCCCUCCCAAACUUCACUAUUUCGCUACUGAUUCGAAACAAAUCGGACGAGAAUGGAUGGCUGCUUUCAUGAAGGCAACUAUCGACAGAGACGAAACCGCACCGGUCAUUAGCACCUUCUCCGCUAAUACUAUUAGUUUGGCGAAGGCGCGGGCUAUGAGAGCGCGGCCUCCAGGCUUUGGUGAUAACAGCACCGAUCCCGAACCUUCCCCAGCUCUCGGUCUUCCGAUCAUGAGCUCCCAAGGUAGCUUUAAUGAUUCUAUCGAGUCUGCUCUCGCGGAACGACACCUCAUCGAUGACGAUGCUGCCAAUGCGGCCGAUGAUGAGCGAUAG